CUAGACCUGCCCGCCACCCUGAAUUCGCCAGCAGGAGCGCGCUCACGGCCGCGCGUGCUCCGCUUUCCCAGCUCCGUCGCUGACGCGUCGUAGACGUUGGGGAACUGGAGGGAGCAGCAGUGGGAGCGGGAUGAACAGCGGAGGAGGCUUCGGUUUGGGCUUAGGCUUCGGCCUGACCCCAACGGCGGUGAUUCAGGUGACGAAUCUGUCGUCGGCGGUGACCAGCGAGCAGAUGCGGACGCUUUUUUCCUUCCUAGGAGAAAUCGAGGAGCUGCGGCUCUAUCCCCCGGACAACGCACCUCUUGCUUUUUCUUCCAAAGUAUGUUAUGUUAAGUUUCGUGACCGAUCAAGUGUUGGCGUGGCCCAGCAUCUAACUAACACGGUUUUUAUUGACAGAGCUCUGAUAGUUGUUCCUUGUGCAGAAGUGAUGCAGCCAACACGAACGGUUGUCAUGUGUAACACAACUUUCGAUCACCGCGAAAACACCGUCCUGGGAAAGCGUCCAUGCUUGAUAUCGUUUGGUUCAUGAACAUUAAGUUUCCAGUACAGGUAAAAUCCCAGAGGAAUCCAAAGCCCUCUCUUUAUUGGUUCCUGCUCCAACCAUGACAAGUCUGAUGCCUGGUGCAGGCUUGCUUCCCAUUCCGACUCCAAAUCCCUUGACUACACUGGGUGUUUCCCUUAGCAGUUUGGGAGCUAUUCCAGCAGCAGCACUAGACCCCAAUAUUGCAACACUUGGAGAGAUACCACAGCCACCACUUAUGGGAAAUGUGGAUCCUUCCAAAAUUGAUGAAAUCAGGAGAACAGUCUAUGUUGGCAAUUUGAAUUCCCAGACAACGACAGCUGAUCAGCUACUUGAAUUUUUUAAACAAGUUGGAGAAGUGAAGUUUGUACGGAUGGCAGAAUAAAUCACUCCAACAAUGCAAUAGUAAAACCCCCUGAGAUGACACCUCAGGCUGCAGCUAAGGAGUUAGAAGAAGUAAUGAAACGAGUACGAGAGGCUCAGUCAUUUAUCUCAGCAGCUAUUGAACCAGAGUCUGGAAAGAGCAAUGAAAGAAAAGGCGGUCGAUCUCGUUCCCACACUCGUUCAAAAUCCAGGUCUAGCUCAAAAUCCCAUUCUAGAAGGAAAAGAUCACAAUCAAAACACAGGAGUAGAUCCCAUAAUAGAUCACGUUCAAGACAAAAAGAUAGACGUAGAUCUAAGAGCCCACAUAAAAAACGCUCUAAAUCCAGGGAAAGACGGAAGUCAAGAAGUCGUUCGCAUUCACGGGACAAGAGAAAAGACACCCGAGAAAAGAUCAAGGAAAAGGAAAGAGUGAAAGAAAAAGAUAGAGAAAAGGAAAGGGAAAAAGAGAGAGACAGGGAAAAGGAACGUGAAAAAGAAAAGGAACGAGGUAAAAACAAAGAUAAAGAGCGGGAAAAAGACCGAGAUAAGGAUAAAGACAAGGAAAAGGACAGAGAGAGAGAACGGGAAAAAGAGCAUGAAAAGGAUCGUGACAAAGAGAAAGAAAAGGAACAGGAUAAAGAAAAGGAACGAGAAAAGGACAGACCCAAAGAGACAGAUGAGAAAAGAAAGAAGGAUAAAAAAUCCAGAACACCGCCCAGAAGUUACAAUGCAUCAAGAAGAUCACGUAGUUCCAGCAGGGAAAGGCGAAGGAGGAGGAGCAGGAGUUCUUCCAGAUCCCCAAGAACAUCAAAAACCUUAAAAAGGAAAUCAUCUAGGUCUCCAUCCCCUAGGAGCAGAAAUAAGAAGGAUAAAAAGAGAGAAAAAGAAAGGGACCAUAUCAGUGAAAGAAGAGAGAGAGAACGUUCAACCUCCACAAGGAAGAAUUCUAAUGACAGAGAUGGGAAAGAAAAAUUGGAGAAGAACAGUACUUCACUUAAAGAGAAGGAGCACAAUAAAGAACCAGAAUCAAGCGUGGGCAAAGAAGAUGAUGACAAGGAUGCACCAAGGACUGAGGAAAACAAAGUACAGCAAAAUGGGAAUUGUCAACCAAAUGAAGAAAACCUCUCUACCAAAACAGAAGCUGUAUAGGACCGACAAAUGCACCUCUAAACACACGCUGGAAUAAAAUCCAAAGCUUUAAUUCUUUUAACAAGAUGUUAAACAGUGAAGAAAUCCAGUUAAGCAUAAAGAUAGAAGCUAACAGCUUUUAUAGUUGUUAGGUGACUUUGUGGCCAUCUUGUUACUGAGUAAGAAAAUAAAGCAUGGACAUCAUGAAAAUAACUGAUGUUACCCAAAACGCAUCUUCUAAAAUCUGUGCAUUUCCAUGGUGGCUGACACACUUGUCAUGUGGUUUGUUAGUGUUUGCCAAUAAAUGGGACAUCAAAGAUCCAAAUUUGUACUAUCCAUACAAGACUGGAGAUAAGCAUUGGAAGCUCUUUUAAAAAAGUGCUAGUUACUGAAUUUUGUAUUGUUUUACUUAUUUUUUUUAAAUUUCAAUAUAUACAGAUUGAUGAUGUGCUUGAAAUUGGUGCAAAUAUAUACCCACCCUUGUAAGUGCAGAAUGUGUAAGAAGUUUUAACACACCACAGGAUUUAUAGUGAUUGUGUUAAAUUCUCACUAUUGUGUUUCUUUUUCUCACUGUUUAGGACAGAUUUUCUUUAAAAUAGUUUUACAGAUUACAAUUGCUUAAGUAAGUGGAUUAAAAAACAACUGACAAUGCAUGCUACUACUGUUCUCUUUCAAAAGGAAGAACAACUGUGUUGAAUACUAAUGCUAAUGUAUUAGUAUUCAGUGUUUAGGAUCAUUGGGUUUCCCCACAUAGUAAACACUUCCUUUUUAACUCUUGACAUUUCCGAGCUUAUUAUGAAUAAUACUGCAGCGUGUGUUGUCAGCGGUAGGUGGCAAAGGUGUCAUUAUAAAAAGAAAACUUGAGUUUUCAAAAUGGGCUAUGGGAGCACAAGCUGAAGCUUUAGUGCCUUCUACAAUGUGGUAUACUGUUUUCUAGAAUUUUAUAUGUGCUAGUCAUUCUCAAUUCAUACAGAAUUUAGAUGGAUAUUCUAUUCACUCCCAUAGAGAAGUGUGCAAGUGAUAUGUCAUAAGAGCUUCUUACUUAGUUCACCUAGUAAGAGAGGAAGUCCUGUUUUCAAGAAUGACUUUAGAGCUUAAAACAACAGUGCAGUUUUGGGACCAUCAGUUUUAUACUGUGAUCAUUGAGAAUGAAGCAUGUUCUUAAUUUACUUAAAGCACAUCCUUUAGUUGUCUACAUGGGAUGGCCUUAAUUAUUACCUCUCAAUCACCUUCUCAUAAAUGAUGUGCAGAAAUUGAACUUAAAGGAGAAUAAAUACAUGAGGUUGUUUUGUGUUUGAGGAUAUGUUUACUUGGUUUAAAAUAUAGGUCAUCCAGUAUAGGUUCACUUUUUGCAGAAAGUAUGCAAGUAGUAAAAUGACAACAUUGGUAAUAUUUUCCCCCAAACCAUAACUCAUAGUUUCAGAACUCUUUUCAUUGUUAUAUUUCCAAACAAGUUUAUACCUUUUAAUUAGAAUGUUAUUGAAAAAUCAAGUAUAAUUAUUUCAAUACAAUGUAAUACAAUCAAAUUACUCAGUUGCCUUACCUCAUGGGAAGAGUUACAGAUUUAAAAAGAUGGGUAGCACAUCAGUUUCUUGGUUUCAACUUGAGUUUUCUUUUAAUGUUAAUACUAUUGAAACUUAAGUAUUUGGUGGAAAAUGGAAAGAAUUGCCCUUAUUGCAAAUAAUGAAGCCUGGUUUGAUUAUGAAGCUGCUUAAUUACUCUUCAUGUGUCCAGAAUUACUGUGGUAUUUUUUCCUUUCUGUCACUGUGUACAUUAAAUUUUUGAAAAUGCUUUACUAUGUAAAGUAUAGAUGGUCAUUUUAAUCAUUCAACCACAUACGGUUGGCUGGUAAACAGCUUAUUCUGAUACAAGAAUGCAUGGUGAUACAUAAAGAUCGUGAAGGAGUAUGUAUGUCUGGCAUCAACAGCUGUCUUAUUUAUGAUAUGUAAGUAGAAUAGAGCAAAUGUUUGACUCCUUGUUAUUUUUAGUACCAUUUCUUAAUAAAGCUUAAGUAUUUUAGAGGAAAGUAUUUGUUUAUGCAUUUCAAAACAGCAUCUUAGUUUUAUUCUGUUGUCUUUUUAGCUUUCAUAGAAAUUGUUUUGACAUGGAGAGUGCAUGUUCGUGUGGUGUCUAUAAAACAAUCAUUUAAAGUUUUCUUGUACUCUGGACUCUAUUAAAUAUUUUUUUAUGUUGUAAUUAGCAUAUUUAAUUGGGGUCCUGCUGCUAAUUAUUAUUUUUUUUGCUAAUGCUUUAAAAGAAUGAAAGUGAUUUGUAAAAGUUGGGCAUAAGUAGGAAUACAAGAGAUCUGGAGAAAGUGAAAUCAUUUUCUCAAAUUAGAGCUUAUGGAAGCAAAGCUUUCUAGGGUCUAUAGAUGUGUGUGUGUGUGUGUGUGUGUGUGUGAGAGAGAGAGAGAGAGAGAGAGAGAGAGAGAGAUUGAUUGAUUUUCUCCUAGUUCACUUAUGAGAGCUGAUAUGUUUCCAUUUGUUUAUUUUCUUCCAAGAUAAUUUUUUUUUUUUAAGAUUUUUUUUUUUUUCAUCCCAGGUAGAUGUCAGAAAAACUUGAGGUAAGGCCAAGAUGACAGCCAUUUUAUACUUGAAACCUCCUAUAAUUAUCUUUUUUAGUUUGGUCAUACAGAGAGUAUAGUCUGUUUUUUAAAUUGUAAUUGCUCUUCAUCAUAGUAGACAAAUUCUGUUGGUCCUCUUGUUCUUGCUUUCCACCAGUGCACACUGAAAUAAUAAUAUAAGACGGCCCUCCAAAGGAAGCCAGUUUCAUCUGAAAAAACUAGUAUAAAUCCUUAACUUCUGCAACUGUCUCUUUAGUUACGAUUUUCCAUCUAAUCUAACUUAGAAUUGCAACACUAGUCAGCUUUGGUUUUCUGUUCAGAAUUCUCUUUUUCAAGAAUUUCAAUGUAUGCUGUGUUGAUCUUCAGAAGUGUCAGAGGCUUAAAAUUUGACAUGCUCAAUUAAAAAUAAAAACCCACAUUUAGAAUAAAUAUUUUGUCAAGAAAAUAAUGUGGUAUUAUGACUAUAAUAUGACUAUUUUCA